GGAAAGUCUAAAAAACAAGUUCAAGAAAGAAAGACUCCCUUUAAUCAAUAUUAAGACUGUUGCUAUCCAUAAAAGCACAUUUGGUAAUCUAGGAAGAGGACGCAAACGCGAAGAAGAUUGUUUUGAGAAUGAAGAAGUUUGUAGUAGGACACAUAGAGACUUGCUACAUUCUCUGCCUAUUGGUGAGGAUGAUUUAACUGUAGCAAAACAUCAUCAGGAUAUGUUAAUGGAAUAUCGUAAACUUCGUCCAGACAUGAAUAUGCUAAUUGAUCGCCAAAAACGUAGUUGAUUUGUGCGAGCAAAGGAUUUUGAUGGUCGAUUUCGUACAGUCGAUCUAAAAGCUAAAUACCCAUGGCUCUGCUCUGCUAAAUUGCUUCUUAGUGAAAUGAAACUAAGAUUUGGCAAAGAUCUAGAUAAAGAGCUUCAUCAAUGGAUGAAGGGUAUGGAAGAUAAAAUCUUAACCAUGAUAAAAUUAAAGUGUAAAGACGGUUUUAUUUCUAAAAUAUUUGCUGAAAUUGAGUGUGAAAUUGAUGAAAGCACUAAAAAAGAUGCUACAUUAAAUGGAGCUAUUCUAAUGUUGCCACGGUUAUUCAAAGAGUCUGUUGAAGCCUUGGUUACUUUUGAUAACACCUCAAUGCUGAAUACACCUACUAUUGCAAUCCCUCAAGGUCAAAAGCUGACAUCAAAAUUUUGUUGUGUUAUAAUAGAUGGCCAAGAAAUAGUUGAACAUCAUAAUGAUGUUGAUAUCUCAUUAGGGAUGGCUUGUAUAUUUGCCUCCUAUUUUGUUUACAAUAUAAAAUACCCGGUUCAAUUAAAAAACACCUUAUUAUUUUAUGAGCACAUCAUAUUUGGCGUAUCAAACAAAGAAAUCCCUGUAACAUAUCGCAGAUUAGCAAAUACUUUGUACGAGGUUUAGCUAAUUUUACAAGGGAAUCUGAAUUAUACAAACCUUUAAUGGAUUUUCACGAGUUUCAUCAAUAUCACAGAUAUCAAUAUUCACAGAUUUUCAAUCAUCAAUAGAAUCUGCGAUUGAAAGUAAAAAACGAGCAUAUGAAAGACGCGAUACGGUUCAGAUUAAAUUGUAGUUUGAAAAUAAAGCAAUUUUUGUAAAUUAUUUUGUAAUUUUUGUUUUUCUUGUAACAUAUGCGCUUCGUUAA